UACAAACCUCUGUCAUCACACGUCACUCCAGAUCGUAUUGUGCAUCACACCAGCCGUACUAACACCCUUGAACAGUUGUUCUUUCUCGUCGACAUUCUUCUUUCCUACCCUACCAUCUUCAUCUCCCAAAGUCCUUAGGUCUUCUAGGGCACCCUCGAAUCUUGAUAGCGAUUGGUUUUGUUGAAGCUUCAAUCGAAUUUGGUUCGGUUUGUUAAUCGAAUUGUUUGGCAGCCCAAUCGGGCAAUCUAGGUAAAAAGAUGGGUACAUAUCUCAGCACUCCUAAAACAGAAAAGUUCUCUGAAGAUGGUGAGAAUGGAAGGGUCAAAUAUGGUUUAUCAUCAAUGCAAGGGUGGCGUGCAACAAUGGAAGAUGCUCAUGCAGCACUUCCUGACCUCGACCAUUCUACCUCUUUUUUUGGUGUAUAUGAUGGGCAUGGAGGUAAAGUGGUUGCCAAGUUUUGUGCUAAAUAUCUCCAUAGACAAGUGCUGAAGCAUGAAGCAUAUUCUAGUGGAGAUAUUGAAACUUCUGUAGAGAAGUCAUUUAUCAGAAUGGAUGAGAUGAUGAGAGGACAAAGAGGGUGGAGGGAGUUAUCUGUUUUGGGAGAUAGAAUAAACAAGUUCUCAGGUGUCAUUGAGUCUCUCAUAUGGUCUCCAAGAGGAGGAGAAACAAGUCAUCAGCUCGAUGAAUGGGCUUUUGAGGAGGGUCCACAUUCUGAUUUCACGGGGCCCACAUCCGGAUGUACAGCAUGUGUUGCUAUCAUGAGAAACAAUCAACUGAUUGUUGCAAAUGCUGGUGAUUCCCGAUGUGUAAUUUCCAGGAAGGGGGAGGCAUACAAUCUUUCAAGAGAUCACAAGCCAGGGCUUGAGGUUGAGAGAGAUAGGAUACUUAAAGCAGGUGGAUUUAUUCAUGCGGGCAGAGUUAAUGGUAGUCUUAAUCUUACAAGAGCUAUAGGUGACAUGGAAUUUAAGCAGAACAAGUUUUUGUCUGCUGAAAAGCAAAUAGUUACUGCAAAUCCUGAUGUGAACACUGUUGAGCUAUGUGAUGAUGAUGAUUUUGUUGUGCUGGCAUGUGAUGGUAUCUGGGAUUGCAUGUCAAGCCAACAAUUAGUGGAUUUUGUUCAUGAACAACUGAAAUCGGAAAGUAAACUUUCAACAAUAUGUGAGAGAGUGUUUGAUAAAUGUUUGGCUCCAUCAACAUCCACAGGAGAGGGAUGUGACAACAUGACCAUGAUUUUGGUUCAAUUCAAGAAGCCAAUCCAGGCAUCUACUGCUGAAGCACAAGAAAUAGAACAAGUGGAUGAGGGUAAACUAAAAAAUGCUGCUGAUGAAUGAAUGAAUAUGCCCCAAAAACAAAUCAAUCAUCAUCAUCAUCAUCAUCAUCAUCAUCAUCAUCAUAGUGUUUGUUACUUUGUUGGUAGUAUAUAUGUUGGUAGAAGUCACACUACCUCACUUUUUAGAUGUCUAUAAAUUUUUUUUAAGUAUUUUUUCGGUUUGAAUGUAAAGGAAAAGUCAUUUUGUUUGUUGUUGGUAAUAAUUAUUUGACUGGAUAUUCUUAUGAAUAGGACUAGGAGGGUAUUUAUGUC